AUGGCAUAUUUUCCAGGAGAUAAGUACAGAGUUGGAAGGGACUCUGAUACUGUGGAUGGCUACCAGACGCUGACGAGGCUGAAAAUCAUGCACAUUGCCCAGGAAGAUUACCGAAUCUACCAGUGUCACGCACGAAGCAGCCUGGGUGAAAUCAUCGGCUCCGUUCAGCUAUACGAGCCGGGGCUGACAUGCAUUAUACAUGGGAAGAUUCAUCGCAGAAGAGUGAACCGGUUCAUUUUCCAACCGUUGUGCGUUUUCGAUUCGCGUGGAUCCGCUCGAAAAUCGGGUGGGAUUGUUAAUGAGCGACGUAGCACAGAGCGUUUCCCGUCGUUUUUCAUCGCGAUGGCGGCGAGCGGGAAUGGAUCCGAGAGCAAUCGGUUGCGUCCUCGUCGUCCCGAGAUCCAAUAUGCGGGCCCGGGAGCAUUCCUGCACGCCGGAGUUUCUUCCGGGCCGCGCUUCCGGAACAUGAAAUGCUCUUGCGAUCUCGGCCAGUUUUUCACUCGGAUUACCCGAGAUUUCUAG